AUGAGCUCCAUUCAGCGAGAGGGAUCGAGAGAUUUUAUCUCAGUUUCCAUGCCGCGGAAUAAUGACGACAAAAAUGAUGACAACAGCAAGGGACGUCGACAUACCUCACUGUACAGGGUAAGAGACCGACAAUGUGUGGCACUUGUGUAGCCGAUUGUUGGUGUUCGUACUUUCGAGUGGAGUAAGAGCGUUCCAUCUUGUGAAAACAAAGACCAUAAACUAUUAAAUACGCGGAACUGGAUUAGUAGAACGCUGCAGGGCAUCGCAGCGGAAAGGAAUGAAGGUUAAAACGUGUGCAUAAAUUUUCAAAGAGACACAGUUACAUGAAUUUCGUCACAAUCUACUGUAUUAUAAAGACUUAUGGAUAAAUAAAUUUAAUGGCUAUUGAAUUUCAUCUUUGCGUAACUGAAUCGAAAUUUGUUUACAUUUUUAAUACUGUUUACAUCGUUAAACUAAAUGUGUUAUUUAUUGUUAUUUUUUACUGCAGAAGUGGCGAGCCAUGUCUUCUUUUCAAAGAUCGCUCAUUUUCCUGCUGUGUAUUCUUGGUUGUGUCACUUUUUUGUUGUGGCGUAAAGGACUAAUGUGGCAAAACUUUGAAACUGACAAUAUGGAUGAAACUGUAGGUCAUCAAGGUCACAAGAUUUCUGAGGAACAUUCUCCAAAGUUUAACAGAGUAAAUAAACAGGAAAUUAUUGAAAAUAAUUUGAAAGAACUGGAAGAACUCAGGAAGCAACAUGCCCUGAUAAUAAAGAAAGGGCCUCCAAAGUUGGGAAAUAGGGAUAAACCAAUUGAUGACAAUGUAGAUGAUAACAAAAACCUAAAUUCAAAUGAAGAUAAAAAUCAGGGGGAGAUUCAUGGUGAUACAGGUGUACAUACUGAGGAUAAGCUGCCCAGUGAUGUUGGAGCAGACACUGCUGGCGAUGGUGAAGCAAAUCCUGUAGCUGUAGAAAAUAAUGAGAAUUUUGCUCUGAACAUAAAUGGAGUUAACAUACUGCCAUUAGAUAAACAAAGUCAGCGUCAAAAGAAGGUUGUAGAAGCAUUCAGACAUGCCUGGGAGGGUUAUAAAAAAUAUGCAUGGGGUCAUGAUGAAUUGCGUCCUAUUUCCAGAUCGCAUAGCGAAUGGUUUGGUAUUGGACUGACAAUUAUUGAUUCACUAGAUACCAUGUUGUUAAUGAACCUGCGUGAAGAGUUUCAACAGGCUCGUGAAUGGGUAGCCAACAGCUUGACCUUUGAGAAAAAUGUUGAUGUGAAUUUGUUUGAGACAACAAUCCGUGUUCUUGGAGGACUCCUGAGUGCAUACCAUUUGUCACGAGAUGACCUGUUUUUGAGAAAAGCGGUAAGAAGUAAUGAUGAAAAGAAAUAUCUUUGGAAGGAUUAGCAGAUAAGUUAUAUUGUAGCAUAAAUAUUUUUCCAAUGCCUGACCUUCAUUCCAAACAUCAAAUACUAAUCAGCUUUUUGACGCACUUACUUAUUAUUCACAUAUAGAAUGGUUCAGCCAUAUGUUUCACGUUUGUGUUUCAGCUAAAUGUUAGAUCUUCACUAGUGCUAAGCUACUUCUAUUUCUUGUCAUUUCAUUUACAUCAUUUCUGAUGCUGAUGAGGAACUCAGAGUUUUUCAUUAAUGUUCUCACACCAUUACCAUUAAUUUACAAACCCUUUCACUCCCACAAGUGACCAAGACAGAAUUUCUCCUUACAAUAUCAAUACAAUAUCAAGCAGGUAGGUGAUGAGAAUAGAGAAGAAUAUCAAUUAUGGGAUUAUCAGCUGAUCCAAUACCAAAUUCUCUGUACUAACAUCAUACGAAUUGUAUGGCAGAUAGUAAGGAGAAUUACUAAUUAGAUCUUGGGAGUGAAAGGGUAAACCCUCCUAACUGUUUUCAUUUUUUUUUUUUUUUGCUAUUCAACAAACAUUUAUUUGCCGCAUAUAGCUUACUAUCAUUGUAUUUAAUCAAUGUAGCUUAAGCAAAUGCUAACAAUUUUAUCUCUUGUGUCAGAUUGAUUUGGGGGAUCGCCUCCUGCCAGCCUUUCACUCGCGAUCAAACAUUCCAUAUUCCGAUGUGAAUCUGCUGACUCGUACAGCUCACCCUCCUCGCUGGGGUCCAGACAGCUCAGUGUCUGAGGUUACCACCAUACAGCUGGAGUUCCGAGAUCUCAGUUAUACCACUGGGGAUGCAAAAUACAAGGUAUCUAGAAUAUGUGUCGCAGGGAAAUACAGUAUUAUUCAUGUUCAACAUGUUGCAAUUGAUAACAUUUUUUUGUUGCAAGGUAUUUUACUGUUGUACUGUCAAUUAUUCAAGUACUAUUGCAAUGUAGGUGAUGUAAUUUUUAUAUGAGAGGAAAUGUUAGAAUUGUAAUGUAAUAAAUAUUUUGGUUGAAAUUCUUAAUAUUGCCAUAUAAGUUUUGCCAGAAUUCUAUUUCUAAUAGGAAAAGAAAUAAUAUUCCUCUUGACAUUACUAGUAGCCUUUUGUUGUCAAUGUAGUUAACUUUUUGCAUAAAAACUUGGCAGAAAAAAUCAGAACCAGGAAAAGAAUGUUUAUUUUAAACUACUAACAUUUGGUAAUCAGAAUCUAAAAUUAUUCUCUUUUUUAAAAGUAUUUUUGGGUAACUAUAUACUGUAUACACUGUAUUUAUUGAUUUAAGGUCUUUGUCAAUUGAUUCCUUAUAUUUUUAGAAUUUGAAUUAUGUAAAGAUUUGUUUUGUUUGUUUUUUUUUUAUUUAAGAAAGGUGUGCCCUCUUUGGUGGCAAAUGUAGGUUAAUUAUUUUUUCCUUUUUACAGAGUGCAGUAGAUACAGUAAUGAGUCACAUUCAUGCCCUUCCAAAGCGGGCAGGCUUAGUACCAAUCUUUGUGAAUGCAGAUACAGGCAAGUUCCGACCUGGUUCAACAAUUACCUUGGGUGCUCGGGGUGACAGUUACUAUGAGUAUCUUCUGAAGCAGUGGCUACAGAGUGGGAAAACAGAAAAUUGGUGAGAGAAUGCAUAUACACAGUCUUACACUCUGUUGGGCUUGGUAUAAUAAUCUUGUUUUCUUUCAUGUUUGUGUUUGUCUUUUUGCUUGUUUUUAUGGGUGUUUUGUUUUUGUUUGGUUAAAAUUUGAAAGACUUGGCUACCUUUAUCACACCCUUACAGUUCCUCUAGCCUAUGCCACGCUCUCAGUUAGAGGGAACAAGGGAGCAGGUAUGCAAAAACUGCAGGGUGAGAUAUGAACAAAAAUGAGGGAGAGAAAAUCUGCAGAAUUUGUUUUCAAAUUUUUAGCAUUUAUCUAAGCUGGAUAGAGAGGCACAAAUCAAAUUCCUUGUAGUAAUCGUUAGUUUGAAGUCUGCAGACCAAGAUUUGUUUGCUCGAAUUUAUGUCUCUAAUGGGGGAAAUUUCAAUUCAAACAAACUUUUGAAUUUAGGGACUGCACAGUGAAAUAUAGCCUGCUAAAUUGACUUUAGUUAUUAUAGUGCCUGUACUAACUGAGAUAAUUAAUAAAAAGUUUAGCAAAUAUUCCUUUUUUGGAUAUUUUCUUGAUACAUCAUUUAAUUAUCAUUAUGUAGUUUGCAAGGAACAUGUAGCUGUUUGAAGAUCUCUAGCAAACCGCUGAAAGUGUGUUUAGAGAUUAGCAAGAGUCAACCACAAGUGUAUUGUUGUCUCACUACCUUCUGUGUAGGAAGGAAGGUUGGGUUCAGUAGUUGAAAUUUUUUUUUCCUUGCCAGGCUUCGAGAUGACUUCGUAGAGUCCAUGGAUGGAGUCAUGUCUCUUUUGAGGAGAGAAUCGGAACCAAGCAAGCUGGUUUACAUUGGUGAACUUCUACAUGGCUCAACAUUCAGCCCUAAGAUGGUAUGUAUGAAAUAAUAGUAAGAAGUUUAACAAUAAUGAUAAUAAUAAUAAUGAUAAUGAUAAUGAUGAUGAUGAUAAUAAAAAUAAUGAUUUUUAAUGGUGAUGAUAAUAGUUGUAAUGAUGAUGAUAGUGAUAAUUUAACACUGAUGCUUCCAUAAAGUUGAUCCUUGUCCACCGUAAUAUGCUUCAUUUGGAAUUCAGAGAUUUUUUUCUUAGUGGAGGAAAGAAAAUUAGGAAACCAAAAACAACCUCAACCCAUGUGGUAUUGGAGAGGCAAGCACUCUCACUUCUGCAGCAUUCCUGAUCACCAAUCAUUAAAUGGUGUACUUUAUUUACCAAUCUGUGGCAUACCUCCUAGCUUAAUUUACAAUCAUACUGUGGUUCAUCUGUUGCGUCAGGCAAAUGUUCUACACAUCUCAUUAAUGAAUGUUGAUUUUCAAAUAUCAUAUAAUUUUUGGGCAUCAAUAUUUCCCCAUUUCAUUUUGGACAGCAGCAAAAUGCAAAUUUAUGUCAUGGUAAAUGAAUCUUACUAAAUGUUCAGUUAACAUGAAAUGUGGAGAUGAAAAGAUAACAUGUUGAGAGUUAACCGUGACCAUUUCUUAUGUGACCAUUCUUAAUUUCCCCCCCCCCUCCCCUACCCCUUCAUAAGCAGUCACUUGGCAGUCAAUUUUUUAAACUCCCUUCCACCUUGUACUCUGUUGACAACAACUGAUCCUCCCUUCAUUCUCCCUAGAUCCUCUAACCCCCCCUUCCCCCCGGCAAUAAAAAGCCACUGGUCCCUAAAUGUACAUCUUCAAUGUAUAAUACCUUGCUAAAAGCUCUCAUUGUCCUCCUUAAGAAAUCUAAUUUCUUUGCUUGCAGGACCAUUUGGUGUGUUUUCUGCCAGGAACAUUAAUGUUAGCUGUCCAGAAUGGCCUGGACAAAAAAUACGAACAAUUUGCAAAGGAUCUGUUGGAGACAUGUGUUCAGAUGUAUAAACGUAUGCCGACUGGAUUGAGUGCUGAACUGGUUUACUUUAACCAGGGGCCUUCCAAACACGAAGAUAUUCAAGUUAGGGUAAGCUUGUCAACCGUGUACUGCAGUUGGUAACACGGAUACAACACUAGUCACUCUCAAAUCUUAGUUUCUGUUCAGUGCUCAUAGUUUAAAUCACUCUUUAUGUCUCGAUAUCUCGAUGGUUCGUCAACUCUGAAGACAAAAGCGUAGAAAUUUCCCAUAACUACACCCUUUCUGAAGUUAUUAAGGCAAAACGAUUGACGUCAUUGCCAUGUUCAUCUUCAAUAUCACUUGUCAUAUAACGCUACCCGAAGGUCACGCACAUGUGCACUGUAAACAAGAAGAAUGUAACUAUGGCUGCGUUCCGGUUCACAUGGCAUCCUUUUUCUCUGGGAAAGAAUUAAUUCUUAGAGAAUGUGAUUGGGGUUUUUGAUGGCUCUUGGAGGUGAAAAGUUAAAAUGUUAAUUACAUAAACUCGACAAUAGUGUACUGAUCGAAUAAAUUUAUUGCUUAAUCGAAUCGAAAAUACUUACAACUCGCAACUCGUAACUCGCAAAUCAGGUGAACCACACGUGUCCGAAAAUCACGUAUUUAAACAGGUUAUUUGAUAAUAAUGUAAAAAAGUUAAAAACAAUAACGUCGUAUACAAACAAAACCUAUUAACUCGUGACAAAUUAAUACGCAACGUGACUGUUCUUGACACAAUUCUACAGUGAGGUUGUUAGUGAAAAAGUAAAGAUAUCUUUCAUCUGAGUUCAUCAAGUUGUUCUAGGUGCUGGAACAUCAUCGGAGCAUCACUUUAAGAGUGUUUUUUUUUAACAUUUUCCAGCCAUUAGAUGCCCACUGUUUGCUGCGACCAGAAACUGUAGAAUCAUUAUUUAUUCUCUAUCGUCUAACGAAAGACAAGAAAUACCAGGAUUAUGGCUGGUCCAUAUUCCAAGCCAUCGAGCAACAUGCCAAGAUAAGCACUGGAGGAUAUUCGUCGUUGAACAGUGUCAAAGACACAAAGUUGGGAUUCAGAGACAAAAUGGAAAGUUUCUUCCUUGGGGAGACUCUAAAGUAUUUAUUCCUAUUAUUUAGUGAUGUGGACAUGGUGCCUCUUGAUAAGUUUGUAUUUAAUACAGAAGCACACCUAUUGCCUAUAAGGAAAUCCUAGCCAAUGGAACUUUAGGUAUAAUACUAUCAAGGUAACAGUAGGCUUUUUUUUUUUUUGGCCAAUCGCGCGUAAAGUGGGCGGCCGGGCUGAAAAUUGUAGUACAGAAUCUGGGCGCUAGGAUAGAAAAAACGUCCCCGCGCGAAAGGUGCAAUGGGUUACAUGCUUAAAGGGCUACACAGAUAAUGGAAAAGGAAUAGCAUAUCUUGCUCGGGUUUUCCGCACGUACGUGCUCCACGGGCUAGGGAAAAUGACAGGGUGCAGGUUUCCUUGACAUUUAGUGGUUGUAGUUCUAAGUCCCAAUUUUUUUGCCUUUCGUCUCUAUAAGAAAGGUCGUCACGCGCGGGUAAUCGCGCUUCACUUCCGUGAUAACACACAUGACAUAAGUUUUAAACUUUCAAAUUCUGAGCAGUGGACCACGGAUAAAGGCUUUUAUAGCAAACCUUCUAUAGCGAAAUCUUUAGUUUAUCUUGGAGAUGAACCAUUGCACAAUGCAAUCCUUUUGAAAAUGGCCUCAGUUCAGCAGCACAGACUUCUACGGUGACACAAUAGCGAAUAACUUCGGCAAAUACUUCAUUUCAAACAGAAUUCAGAUAAAGGGAUUUCAACCCUCGUGAUGCAGCAGAGAAUAUAAACUGAUAUUCUCUUGAUAUGAAGUUAUUCCGUUUCGUUUCUAAGCAAGUUGUUGUAACACAUCUUCGGCUUGCAAAUGGAACUUGAAAUCAGCUAUCAACACGCAGUUUAGAGAAGUUUUCAAUUGAAUGUCGAAAUGCCAAAAACCUAUUGGUCGCAACGGCCAAUCAUAACGAACUUGACUAUAUUAUUAGCCAAUGGGAGCUCAAAGGAAAGACUAGCAAACUGCUAAAAGGGCGGGAAAACGCGGCGACCAGUUUGCAUCUGAUUAGCUUAGGGGUAUAUAACGCUGAUUUUCUCGACCAAACGGAGCGCGGCAAUGCAAAACCAAUGUGAUCCUGGCUUACUUUCGACACUCAUUGAAAACUUGACGUUUUAAACGGUGGACGCUGUCCAAAUAAAGGAUUACCAUGCAACAGUAACUCUGUAAACGUAAGCUUUUACCAAUUCGAUAACAUGGGUAACUUAUCUUUACUUAUUUCGUGUUGAUAAUAUACUGAAUGCAGCCCUUAAAAAGAAUCAAUAGAACAUAAUGGUACUUAUUCCUCAAUUCCUUCACAUUUUGUCACGAAGGGACUCCACUGCAG